AAGACUAGCCUGUCAGCGCAGAAUACACAAACACACCAACACAACCACUCACACGCACUCCUAGGACAUGAACACUAUCAUCCUCUCCUCUCUGCUGUGUUUGGUUUUCAGCGCUCUAGGUGUCCUGGGAUCCGCAGUGACAUUCUCAGCGGGGCUGAGCCAUGUGACGGGGGCGUCGGCCUCAGGGGAAGGGGAGGGGCUACAGAGCUCUCUGGGUGAUGAGGAUGAGGAGGAACUGGAGCUUGAUGAAGAUCUGUCGGGAGGAACACCUACAGACGGCUCACCCCAAGCAGUGCUGCGUCACGGUAAGGAGCAACAAGAGAAGGGGAGGAGUCAGAAAGGAAAAGGGAAUAAAGGAAAGAGGAAGAGGAAGAGGAAGAGUAAGAACACCACAGCCUCCAACCCUGAACACACGUCGUCAGGACACAUGUCAUCAGGACACACACAACAGACGUCAGGGCGUGUCACAGAGGACCCUUGUAGCUCCUCCCACAAGGGCUACUGUAUCCAUGGACACUGCAAGUACAUGGCAGACCUGAGAGAGCCAGUGUGUAUGUGUAACAAAGGUUAUGACGGCGAGCGCUGUGGGAUCCUGCUCCUGCCUACGAGAAACAAGGAGGAGAGCAGCAGAGCUGAGGUGGUUCAGACUGUCCUGGUCGUCAUAGCUGUGGUCCUCUCCAGCAUCAGCUGCCUCGCCAUACUGCUCAUGGCCUGCACACAUUACAGGACUCAUAAGAACUUCCUGGCUGCUUACCUGGGCUCCGGCAGUGAGAAGCAACAGCUCCAGAAAACCACACCCUGUGACAUCACAGUGUGACCAUUAGCAGGUCUGGAACCAUGAGAACCGGGACAACCAGAGGAGAACCGGUGCUGGCUCCUGCCCAGUGGAGUGAUCUACCGAACGCACUCUACAACGCCAGACAGUAGAAUUUUCUGUAGAAGAACCAGCAUAGAACCGCCUUGAAGAACCGCAUAGAAUCCCCCUGUUAUUCUAAAUUAUUUGAUCAUAUUAUUUAUUGAUGACAGGAGCUUUGUUUUGACCGUUGUUGUGUUAGAUGUGAUUGGACUGUGAUGUUGAGCAUCAUGCUACCAUUACGUUAUUGUUUAUUUAUUACAAUGCUGUUCCUUGGUCAGAUCUACGGUACUGGACAUAGAUGGAAUCUAUCUGUCCACUAAUAAAGCCCCUAAUACUGUUAAGAAAAGUGUGUUUGUUCGUGUGUGUGUGUGUGUGUGUGUAUCCUCAGCCUUGAUUGUGUGUUUCCAUUCCCUAGUCUGAUCGUGUCCCAUACCCCUGCCAUGAGCUCAUACAAACACAGCAGUCCUGUACCCAAACACAGACACACAGUGACGAGCAGAGAAAGAGAGAGAGAGAGAGAGAGAGAGAGAGAGAGAGAGAGAGAGAGAGAGAGAGGAGGAGGACCAGAUUAACUCUGACAGAGGCCC